UGCGAGCGCAUGGUGCCUCGAUGGUUGCCUCCUCGCUUCGCGUACCCCUCCAUUCAUGACAGCUACCCCUCGAACAAGUCGCUGUCACAGCAAUAAUCCUUGGGAGAAACCACAAGUGGAAGCUGAUUGCUGACUGCACUCUGAUGUUAGAAAGCACGCCCAGGGCCUUUGAGGGUAUCGACGAUGACGAGCCCGUCCCCGAAGCUGUCGAGUCCGAGCCCGAGCACGAGGCGCAACCCGAAGAAGACGAAGAGGACGAGGAGGAAGAAGAGGAAAAGGCAAACGAGUCAGGCGAGGAGGAAGAAGCUGCCGAUGAAGACGGAGAAGAGGAAGAGGAAGAGCAAGCAAACGACGAGGGAGAGGAAUCCGAACCUUCAGCCAAAGAACCCACUCCCCCGACGGAGCCUGUGGUGCGUCGCAAGCGACUAGGACGGCCCCCGAAGAACAAGCCACCGGGCUGGGACAACAUGAUCACCGUACCCGCAUCCGAAGCCGACACUCCGCGACGUAGAGGUCGUGGAGGUUGGCGCGGCCGCGGCGGACGCCGACCUGCGCCUGGACAGGCACCCCCUAAGCUGAAGCAGGUGAUUGACAAGGAGGGCACAGAAGUCGAUAUUGUCGACGACGAGUGCGUGCUCCCUGAAGACGCGGAAGGCGAGACAAAGGUCGACAAGCUCGGCAACCUCCAGGGCGGCCGCCAGUACCGUUGCAGAACGUUCACCGUCAAGGAUCGCGGCGAGCGGCAGUACAUGUUGUCGACAGAGCCCGCCCGUUGCGUCGGUUUCCGCGACAGUUACUUGUUCUUCAACAAGCACCCGAAGCUGUACAAGAUCAUCGUGAGCGACGACGAGAAGAUGGACAUGAUUGAGCGGAAUAUUAUUCCCCACUCAUACAAGGGCCGUGCGAUAGGUAUCGUCACGGCGCGAUCCGUCUUUGUCGAGUUCGGCGCGAGGAUCAUUGUGGGAGGUCGGAAUAUCGUGGACGACUACCGUGUGGCUGACAUGCGUGCCUCUGGCAUCAUCGAGGGACAUAUUGCGGACCCUUCCGACAUCUUCAAUCCCAACGAGCCGUACAACUCGAAUCAGUAUGUUGCGUGGUUCGGCGCCAGUGCCGUGUACCAUACCAACCAAACACCUGCUGCUUCGGAUCCUCUUGCCGGUUUGACAGAGGUCAAGAAGAAGAGGGUCAACGUGAAUGACACGAACUGGCAACUGGAGCACGCUCGUGCUGCUAGCGAGUUCAACAGUCGUCUCAACGCCAUCCGCAUGGCAACACUGCGGAACGGCGCAUACGACAUUCACACCAACCUGAUGCAGAAGCCAGUCAACACGCAGCCGACCCGCGCUCGCGUCGAGAGAGUCACUCCCGGCGACACAAGCGACGCAAACAGUGCAUUCCCCACGGUCCCCUCAGCCGUGCAGCGCAACUUCAACGUCGUCGAUAUCGUCUACGAAAUACCGCGCGCGGGCGUCCAAUCCGCCGGAAAGCGACCCGCCGAGGUGCCCGAUUUCCUGAAGCCCUUCAACGGCAUCCUGGCCAUCGGCGACGACCUCAAGGCUCUCCUGCCGCCGGAAUGCCGCGCAUCCCUCGAGAGGCACCAGGACCAGCAGCGGGAGUUUGAGUCGCGCUUCGGCGACGAGAAGGAUAAGAUGGCGCGGGGUAAUCUGCAGAUCGACAAGGCGAUUGUGCCGCAGGGCAAGCACUCUUAGAAGGAGUUGAUUGCGAUCCCCAGCUUCUAUCCCAUGCCCGACGGCCGCUUUGAAUUGCGGAUGGGGAAG